AUGAAUAUAGCGUUUUUUGAUUUCAAAGAGCUGGUGGACAGGGAUAUCGUGACCCAAUUGUUUAUGCAGCACAAGUCGGCCACUGUGUUCGCGCCCAUCAACUCAGCCAUCGUUAAGCUGGAGAACAAACGUCUUCAUAAGGAUGUGUUGGACAAAGUGGCCUCAUAUCACGCCGUGGGUUUGGUGGUGAAGAAGGACGCCUUCCCCUACAACGUGAGCUCUGCCCUUCAGGAGGCGGCGCCCCUCUAUCUCAACUACAAAGAGCGUCGACCCAUCGGUCAUCACGAGUACUUCCAACAGGAUACCAAAGAGUUUUACGUGAAUAACGCGAAGAUCAUCAAAGAGUACUCAUUAAAGGGCACCGGAGGGGAGCAGAUCUUGUACAUCAUCGACGAGGCUCUCGAGCCGUACAUACCGUCGUCGCCAUUACCUCCGUUCGCGUUGGAACUGAUCAGUAAUCCCGGCAUCUAUGGCAUCGACGAACGAUGGGACGCCUAUUACCAGAAGAUCACCGCUAAUAAACAGGAGUCCAUUUUCGAGAGACCCGGAUAUCACACAUUCUUCGUGCCGAUCGGCGAAGUGCGUCCCGAGGCCUUCGACAAGUACGUAGUGUUAGGACACGUGAUCCCAAACAAUGUCCUCUUCUUGAAUGUGAUGGGA